AUGUCCACAUAUCUGAAAACUGCAUGCCUUGAUAUGGUGUGCGACGAGGAAAGUUUGGUUUUGAUCCGUGUUCUCGUAGUAUUGGGGUUAUUAUCCAUGGUCAUGACUCAGGCGGGAUUCGGGAUAGUCGAGGAGAAUAUUUCAAAUCUGAAGAAGGAAAUCCUCAAAUGGGACUCCAUUGAUGAUGUGUUCGGGUUGGAAGAGGAAGAGGCAGUUUUGAGAUGUGAAGCGGAAGCAAAUCUCCUUACUCAGUUGCAACAUCGGGACAGUACCCUCGCUCAAAGGGCUUGUCAUCGGUGGCUUAAGGAUGGGGAUUUGAAUAGUAGCCUUUUCCAUAAGGCUAUUAAUGGCAGAAGAGCAAGGAAUAAUGUUUCGGGGCUUAACGUGGACGGGGUUUGGAUUCAGGAACCCAGCGAAGUGAAAAGAAUUGUCAAGGAUCACUUUCAUUCUCAAUUCAGGAAAAGAUCCAGAGCCUGCCUUAGGUUGCCAGCUGAUUUUGUUAACCGAAAAAUUUCAGAUUCAGCGAGAGAGUGGCUCGAUCGUCCCUUUUCUGAAGAGGAGAUCAAGGAGGCGGUGUGGAACUGUGACGGUGGUAAGAGCCCCGGGCCCGAUGGCUUUAAUUUCCUCUUUAUGAAGAGAUGUUGGGAUGUCAUUAAAGGUGAUCUUCUGUCGGUUUUGAGGGAGUUCCACCACUAA